ACAUGUUUAUUUCCGCUUCCGGCUUUACAACGUGCUUGCAGCAUGAAAAUAUUGUUAUGAGAGUUGUUUGACACUAACGGCACAUCCAGCAGCAUGGACAGGAUCGAUGAAUUGCGAACACGUGUUAAGUUGAACGAAUAUGGUGUUGACAAUGUACACAGCACUGACUUCCCUGGGAACUAUUCAGGGUAUGAUGAUACGUGGAGCCACAGCAAGUUUAAAAAGAAAUUCCGGAUUGAUGUUGUGAAAUUGGAAGGGGAUGUUUUGGAAUUUGAUAUGGUUGGUAUCGAUGCUGCCAUUGCAAAUGCCUUCCGAAGAAUUUUGCUUGCUGAGGUACCUACUAUGGCAAUAGAGAAGGUGUUUGUGUAUAACAACACAUCCAUCAUCCAAGAUGAGGUGCUAGCACACAGACUUGGCCUCAUCCCCAUCCAGGCAGAUCCAAGGCUGUUCGAAUACCGACAGGAAGGUGAGCUGGAGGGCACAGCCCAGGACACAGUGGAGUUCCAGCUGAAGGUCAAGUGUGCCAGAAAGCCACAGAGCAAGGAUGCUACUGACCCUGACGAGAUGUACAAAGACCACAAGGUUACAACGGAGUUCAUGAAGUGGAUGCCUAUAGGAGACCAGACCAGCAUUUUCAAACCAGGGGACCUGAAGCCUGUGGUAGAUGAUAUCCUCAUAGCUAAACUGCGGCCGGGCCAGGAGCUGGACCUCAAGUUACACUGUGUGAAGGGUAUUGGGAAGGACCAUGCCAAGUUCUCACCUGUGGCCACGGCCUCGUACCGCCUCCUGCCAGAGAUCCGACUGACUCAUCCUGUUGAGGGUGAUUCUGCUGAAGAGCUACAGAAGUGCUUCUCCCCGGGGGUCAUUGAUGUGGACAAUGUCCAUGGUAGGAAGAAGGCUCGUGUAGCACAUGCUCGUCGUGACACCGGCAGCCGUGAGGUCUUCAGACAUGAUCACCUCAAGGAUAAUGUCCAGCUCAGCAAAGUCAGAGAUCACUUCAUUUUUUGUGUAGAAAGCACUGGUGUGUUGCCCCCGGAUGCCCUGGUGGUGGAGUCCAUCAAGGUUCUCAUCGGGAAGUGUAACCGCUUCCUGCAGGAGAUGUCCGAUUCCAGCGGUGCCGGGGAUGCGUCAUGAUGUCGAGCCCUAGUCCAAUACCAUGUCCCAACCCUUGUCCAAUACCAUGUCCCAACCCUUGUCCUAUACCAUGUCCCAACCCUUGUCCAAUACCAUGUCCCAACCCUUGUCCUAUGUCCCAUGUUCCAACCCAUAUCCCUCUAAAGACAACAGUGGAUGAGAGAUUGAACGUCUGUGUAUUGCUUCUGAACACGAGGAGCAGGACUCUGACUGCCAGAUCUUGUAGGUGAUGCUCCUUCCCAGGCACACUUGACUUGGAACUUACGGAUGCAAGUUAUUGUGUGAAACAUAAGUUUCACUUGGCAAACAAGUCUGUCGAUAUAUCUUAAACGUGUUGUUAAUUGACAAGUGUUUUUUCAUUUUGGUAAAAAUAUUUGUCAAAUCAAUUUAAUAGUCUGAAACAAUAUUAGAAAUAAUUGCCAUUAGUGUCUGUUUAGAUAUUACUCUGGACAUGAAAAAAUUCUCUUUGAUAAAUCUACGACUGUUCAUCAAAUGUUUACUUCAUACAGACCCAAAAGUGUUUGAGUGAGUGAACGCAAACAUGGAGGAAACUGCGUGUAUGAAAAUGGCCUGGCUAAUCUUGGAGUAGUGUUGAGGUGAUUGUGUUAACUUGGGAGACAUGAGUCAUGGGCUCACUCUGCCUGUCACACCGAUCAGGAUGUGCUAAUGGAGAAGGUCAAGGUGGAAAUAACAUGCACAUACCGUAUUUCCUCCAAUACGUGCCAGCCUCUAAUUGCUGUGGGUCAUUCUCUCUCCAAUGACGAGGAGCCAUUGGAGCCAGACUUCUACUAGAGGCUGGGUCCAUCAUUUGAUGAAAUUAAAUGUCCCUGUCACAUUAUCUUACGGCAUGUAAUGAUUACUCCCUUCACUGUAUAAUAACUGUUUCCUGUAAAUGUAUCCUUGGGUAUGACUAACAUUUGGGAUUUGGUGAGAUUGUGAGUUGCCACUGUGAGUUGCCACAGUAUAAAUGCUGGUCAACAGCUUGCACACAAUUAAUAGAUGCCCAGGCGUCAAAUACGGUAUGUUUGUGUCGGAUGACACAAGUUACGGGACAAUCUGUUGUCAGCAUUCUACAAGAGCUGCUAAACUAAAACUAGUUCAGUGCAGCGUCUGAUGAUGACAUUUCGGAAGAAUUUGACAUGCAACAAAACUUUCUGGUGACAAGAUGUUGGAUAAAACCAAUACCGAUUGACAAACAAUAUAUAUCAAAUAAAAUCUGUUCCCAAACAAGAUAUCGGAUAAAGCCUGUUCACAAACAGACUGACAACGACCAGCGUGCAGGUUACACAUAAAGGAUAAAGCCUGUGUUGUAUGUUUUCAUUGUGUCGACUGAGGCCAAGAUGCUUCUGUUGGAACAGGACUUUGGCCGACUUUCCACCAUUGAUGAAAUUGUUAUGUAAUGGUUGAGUUUACUGGAGAUGUGUUAUGCAAUGAGUGUACAGUGCACUGAAACGUGUCAAUGGAAGAGCAUGUAUCAUUUAUGUACAAUUUUGUUAAAAUUAAUAUGAACUUGAAUAAAAUGAAUGCUAGUUAUUGUGAAUAAUGUGA